AAAUUCGAAAUAACGUCAAGACUGUGAACAUUUUUCGAACGAUCUUCCUGGGUCUUCACAAUGUUUAAGAUAUUACUUUUUUCGUGCCUCUCACUGCCAAUCAUCUUGGGAAUAUCUCUUGCAGAUCACAAAAAUGGGGCAAACGACGAUGACCCUUUUCGUUCCCCAACCCCUAGUGAACGAGCAAUUGACCUAGGUUACGAGGCUGAAACUCAUAAAGUUACUACGGAAGAUGGGUAUAUACUGCAACUACAUAGAAUCACAGGUCGUCAAAACAGGACUACAUCUGGUACUAAGCCUGCCGUACUGAUGCUUCAUGGACUCCUAGAUUGUUCAGCUACAUGGGUUCUGUCGGAUCCUUCACGAAGUUUAGCUUUCAUGCUGUCGGACUGGGGAUACGAUGUGUGGCUAGGUAAUGUGCGAGGUAAUAGAUACAGUCGAAAACAUGUUAGCAUGAAUGUUUUGGACGACGAUUUCUGGAAAUUCAGCUGGCACGAAAUGGGAAUAUACGACCUUCCAGCGAUGAUCGAUUAUAUUCUCAAGGAAACCAAACAGGAGAAGAUAUUUUACGUAGGACACAGCCAAGGUGGUACAUCGUUCUUCGUAAUGGCUAGCGAACGACCAGAAUAUCAGAAGAAAUUAAUCGCUACGUUCGCUUUGGCACCGGCAGUCAUUUUGUCUCACACGAGAAAUAUUUUGAUCCGUCUGUUGGCUCCAAUAGCGAAUGAUAUAAUGAAAUUGGGAGAAUUGAUAGGUGUGACCGAGUUCACACCUUCAUCGAAGCUUAUACAAAUUCUUGGACAAGAAAUGUGCAAGGAAGACAUGAUAACGCAACCGAUAUGUAGAAAUAUAAUAUUCCUUGCAGGUGGUAUCGACGUAGGACUUAAUAUGACACUUGUACCGUCAGUUGCAAAAUAUGAUCCUGCUGGAGCAUCUGUGAGGCAAGUUGUUCAUUACGCACAGUUACUGAAUUCAGGCAGAUUCCAACAAUAUGAUCAUGGUCUCGUCAGAAACUUAAGGCAAUACGGCAGCAUUCUGCCUCCUCAAUAUGAUCUGAGUAAAGUUACUAUGCCUGUACAUAUACAUUAUAGCACCAACGACGCUUUAGUUGAUCACAAGGAUUCAAUUAAAUUAUACAAAAUGCUACCCAAUGCCCAGAAGUUAUUGGUACCAAAUAGCCUUUUUGCGCAUCUUGAUUUUGUCUGGGGCAAGGACGUCGACACUUUGUUAUAUAACAAGAUUUUUAGUCUGAUGCAACGAUAUAAAAAUUAGCACCAAAAUACCACUACUUUCUCCACUCGACAAGAACGUAUCACGGUUAUAGGAAUGUACAAAAAGAUCAUCAUUUUCCAUUGAAGUUAAGGGCUUGUAACGUUACAAAAGUUCCAGUAGAUCGUAUAAAUAAAAUGCAUUUUUGUUAAAUAUGAUUAAUAUUUUCCUAUUAAUCUUUUCUUUUUCCAACUUACUUUUCCGAUAAUCCUAUUUAUGUUUAAAUGAUCAAUUCUUAUUAUAUAAUAAUUAGUUACAUUUUAAUUCCGUCUCUUCCUCCAUCUCUUUCUCAUAAACUCUCUGUUGAGUGCUCCAUGUUUUCGUAACUACAAAAUGUUGCCGAAUAUUAAACAUAAAGAAUUAUUAAUCAUAGAGCACUUGAGAUACAAAAGAGAGAUGUGAUAUGUAAUACUAUUAAUUCUACAAAGAUUCUUUGAGUUUUCAAAUAUAUUAUGUGGGCCACGUUCCGCGAAACUGCAAUGCAGAUGCGACCCGCGUCGGACUCGGAGCAAGCCCCGGUGCCCAACCUUGUUCAAAAAUGAGAUUAAUAUUCUGACUCCCCAAUGGGGAGUGUAUCAGAUAUUAAGCUGAUAAGAACAGAUACUACACUUUGAUCUUAGCUAAAAUAGCCGAGAAGCGAUACCUGACU